AUGUCGACACACCCCCUAGAAGUCCCAGAGAUCCUGACCCGGAUCGGCCAGUUCCUCCCCCUCUGGGUAGAGCAAGACGAUAGCAACCGAGGCGAAAAGAUCAUGGCCUUUGAGCACCGCACCCUCCUCUCAUCCAUGCAGGUCUCCAAACUGUGGUACCAGACCCUCCUCCCAAUCCUCUGGUUCAGCUACGACGGCAUCAAGAUGUCUGCCAUACCACAGAAAGUCAUCACCCGAUACAGUCCGUACUUUAGGAUAUUCCGUUCCUCUGGUUGUCAUUCUGGCCCGUUCUUGUCGACCCACCUUGUUGAGUUGACGAUUUAUAUUCAGAUGAUGGAUCAGAGGAUUAGUUUGGAGGCACAGAGAGCGUUGAUUCGGGCCAACCCGCGGUUGAGAUACCUCGUGUGGCAUGGACCAGACAGGACGACAGAGUUGGAGAUGGAGGAUUUUGUGGGGUUGAAGUCGUUACAGGAGUUGAGGCUGUUUCAUUGGGAUGGUGGAGAGAGACGACUGGCGAAGGUGCUUGGGGCUGUAAAGGAGACGAUUAGGACGUUUGAGGUCAGCAGGAUCAAGGGUGUGUUGCCAGGAGAUCUUUCGGGGGCGCUUCAUCGGCGGUUGAAUCCUGUUUAUCAUCCUGAGGAACAGGAGGAUGACUAUAUCAUCAGUCUCAACAACUACAACAGGAGCAACAGCGACAGCAACAGCGCAGCGACAAUGACAGAGACGGACCUUGCUGCGCUCGUUCAAACGGAGCAAGAAGAGGACAGGCUUGUGCUUCCGUAUAUGGAAAAGAUCAAGGUCAUCUUUGACAGGAACCCCGACUAUGUCGAGCUGGCACAGUGUUGCCCCAAUCUUAAACGUCUGACCGUCACAGGAUUAGGACACGGGGAGACAUAUCGCCUAUCCUUAUGCUUGCGCGAUCACUGUCAGAAGCUCAGAGUCCUCGUUCUCAAGGAUGUUCUCCUCCCGCAAGAAGACGCCAUCCAACUGUUGCGAUCGUGUCUCUCUGCAGGAGGGCUCACAAAGAUUCAUAUGGACGUGAUAGGGUUCGAACAGGACUGCAUCUCUGCAAUCCUAUUGCACGCCUCGACACUGGAGCAAUUGACGAUCGCCAGUACUGCGGAGGAUGCGGUGGAUCUGGAGGGGGUGUUGAGGAUUAUGGUCAAGUGUGAGAAAUUGAGGUCGUUGCGGUUUAUGCUGGAUACGUCUGUGCCGGAUGUGGAUGUUUUGGAGGCGUGGAGGGCGGAGGCGUGGGCUUGUACCGGGUUGGAGAAACUCGGGCUCGAGUUUAAUUAUUGCGAGUUUGGAUACGAGGAUUACAGUGAGGACGACGACGACGAGGAGGAAGAGGAGGAGAAGGAAGAGGACUAUCUCGAUGGGGGUGGUGGUAGUAGUGAGGACAAGGACAAGGAGACAGUAGAUCACGAUAGAGAGAGGAGGGAGGAGGAGGAGGAAGUUCGACUGGACAAAUUGACCGUUGGACUAGCAGCAAAGAAGGGCAAGGAGGAGGGCGAUGGAGGAGAAAAGAUGAUAAUAUCGAGCGAGACACCGUACAUGGGGUGGUACCGUCAUCCACAGGAAUCGCACGACUUUGGAGCAUCGAGGAGGAGCAGGGAUGAGACGGACAAGGCUGCGCUGAGGAUGCUGUUUGGGAUGGUGGAGGGGUUUAAGAAGCUGCACACGGUUAAGUGGAAGGACAUUGAGUACAGUCGAUCAUCUACUCCUCCCAGGUGUCGUCAUAUCAAAUAG